AGAUGCGGAGGCCGCGAAGUGGAGCCGCCCCGGAAGGCUGGGAGCCGGAGCUACGCCGAGGGGGCGCGGCGUCGCGGCGGGCCGGAGCCGGUGAGGCCAGCUCCUCUUCCUCCGCAACCGAAAGAAAACUUUGCUGCCCCUUCCGCGGCGCUCCAGAGUCCUCGUCUCGGCUCCUGUGCGCGCAGCGGUCGGCAAAGAGCCUUUCUGCGUCAAGGCCUCGCUACCUCCCCCGGUGCGGGGCCUCGGCGCCAUGGACUCAUCGGCGCUGGAGCGGGACGCGGUCCAGUUCGCUCGGUUGGCGGUGCAGCGCGACCACGAAGGUCGCUACUGCGAGGCGGUGUUUUACUACAAGGAAGCUGCACAAGCCUUAAUCUAUGCUGAGAUGGCAGGAUCAAGCCUAGAACACAUUCAAGAGAAAAUAAAUGAGUAUCUGGAAAGAGUUCAGGCUUUACAUUCAGCAGUUCAGUCAAAGAGAGCUGAUCCUUUGAAAUCAAAACAUCAGUUGGACUUGGAGCGUGCCCAUUUCCUUGUUACACAAGCUUUUGACGAAGAUGAAAAAGGAAAUGUUGAAGAUGCUAUAGAGUUGUAUACAGAAGCCGUAGAUCUCUGUCUGAAAACCUCUUACGAAACUGCUGAUAAAACUCUGCAAAAUAAACUGAAACAGUUGGCUCGACAGGCACUAGAUAGAGCAGAAGCAUUGAGUGAGCCUUUAACAAAGCCAUUAUGUAAAAUCAAGUCAACGAAUAUUAAACCAAAGCCACCUCCAACGAGAGCACAUUUUCCACUGGGAACUAAUCCUUUCCUCGAAAGACCUCAGCCAUUUAUAAGUCCACAGUCAUGCGAUGCACAAGGACAGAAAUAUACAGCAGAAGAAAUAGAAGUUCUCAGGACAACAUCAAAAAUAAAUGGUAUAGAAUAUGUUCCUUUCAUGAAUAUUGACCUGAGGGAACGUUUUGCCUAUCCGAUGCCUUUCUGUGAUAGAUUGGGCAAGCUGCCAUUAUCACCUAAACAAAAAGCUACAUUUUCCAAAUGGGUACGCCCAGAAGACCUCACCAACAAUCCUACAAUGAUUUAUACUGUGUCCAGUUUCAGCAUAAAGCAGACAAUAGUAUCAGAUUGUUCCUUUGUGGCAUCACUGGCUAUCAGUGCAGCUUAUGAAAGACGGUUUAAUAAGAAGUUGAUUACCAGCAUAAUUUACCCUCAGAAUAAGGAUGGUGAGCCAGAGUACAAUCCAUGUGGAAAGUAUAUGGUAAAACUUCACCUCAAUGGUGUCCCAAGAAAGGUGAUAAUUGAUGACCAAUUACCUGUCGAUCAUAAGGGAGAAUUACUCUGUUCUUAUUCUAACAACAAAAGUGAAUUAUGGGUUUCUCUCAUUGAAAAAGCAUACAUGAAAGUCAUGGGAGGAUAUGAUUUCCCAGGAUCUAAUUCAAAUAUUGAUCUUCAUGCACUGACUGGGUGGAUACCAGAAAGGAUCGCCAUGCAUUCAGAUAGCCAAACUUUCAGUAAGGAUAGUUCUUUCAGAAUGCUUUAUCAAAGGUUUCACAAAGGGGAUGUCCUCAUCACUGCAUCAACUGGAAUGAUGACUGAAGCUGAAGGAGAGAAAUGGGGUCUGGUUCCCACACAUGCAUAUGCUGUUUUGGACAUUAGAGAGUUCAAGGGGCUGCGAUUUAUCCAGUUGAAAAAUCCGUGGAGUCAUUUACGUUGGAAAGGAAGGUAUAGUGAAAAUGAUGUAAAAAACUGGACCCCGGAGUUACAAAAAUAUUUAAACUUUGAUCCUCGAACAGCUCAAAAAAUAGACAAUGGCAUAUUUUGGAUUUCAUGGGAUGAUCUCUGCCAGUAUUAUGAUGUGAUUUAUUUGAGUUGGAAUCCAGGUCUUUUUAAAGAAUCAACAUGUAUUCACAGUACUUGGGAUGCUAAGCACGGACCUGUGAAAGAUGCCUAUAGCCUGGCCAACAACCCCCAGUACAAAUUGGAGGUGCAGUGUCCACAAGGUGGCGCUGCGGUCUGGGUUUUGCUUAGUAGACACAUAACAGACAAGGAUGAUUUUGCAAAUAAUCGAGAAUUUAUCACAAUGGUUGUAUACAAGACUGAUGGGAAAAAAGUAUAUUACCCAGCUGACCCUCCCCCAUACAUUGAUGGGAUUCGAAUUAACAGCCCUCAUUAUUUGACUAAGAUAAAGCUGACUACACCUGGGACCCAUACCUUUACAUUAGUGGUUUCUCAGUAUGAAAAACAGAACACAAUCCAUUAUACAGUCCGGGUAUAUUCAGCAUGCAGCUUUACUUUUUCAAAGAUUCCUUCACCAUACACCUUAUCAAAACAGAUUAAUGGAAAGUGGAGUGGUCAGAGUGCUGGAGGAUGUGGAAAUUUCCAAGAGACUCAUAAAAAUAACCCCAUUUACCAAUUCCAUAUAGAAAAGACUGGGCCAUUACUGAUUGAGCUAAGAGGACCAAGGCAAUAUAGUGUUGGCUUUGAAGUUGUAACAGUUUCUAUGGUAGGAGAUCCUGGUCCCCAUGGCUUUCAGAGGAAAUCUAGUGGUGACUACAGGUGUGGGUUUUGCUACCUGGAACUAGAAAAUAUACCUGCUGGGAUUUACAAUAUCAUUCCCAGUACUUUUUUGCCUAAACAAGAAGGACCUUUUUUCUUGGACUUUAAUAGUAUUAUCCCUAUCAAGACAACACAACUUCAGUGACGGGGAAAUCUUAGCAAUUACCGGAUUUUAUAUUUACCACACAAUCAACUCUUCAAAUGAGGACACCAGUCUCCAGGACCCUAAACACAACCAUCAGAACAGAAUUAAAUCUCUAAAAAAAUGCUUCAUUGGAAUCUGGUGCUCAAGUCAGGGUGUUCAGUGAGAAUUGUAUAUAGUCAGAAUUACCCUAAAUUACUUUAGAAGUAUCAUUUACAUGGUUUUGUGUAUAUGUGGAGUUGGCUUGCAUUUAGGGGCCACAUUGUAUUAAAGUACAUACAGAUGAUUAACGAUUAGGCUGUCAGUACUGUGAGAUGUCUUUGCUAAGAGGGACAUAAACUCAUUGAGUGGAAUGGUAGGCUGUUAUAAUCUGAAAUAUUUACGUUACGUUUGUCUUUCUGGCAGAGCAUGUUGUAAGUUAAACCUGCUUGUGUUGUGACUCUCCUGUACAUCUUGGGCAACUGUUACCAGAUGAAUCAUGUCACCGUAACAGAUUUUAAUUCUGCAUUAUUUGUGAGUUUAAAUGUUUAUUGUUGCCCAGAUGUUAUGAAAGAAUAAAGCUUUUAAGAAAUUACUAACUUAGCAUGAAGAUGCUCAUGCUUAAGAAUGAAGGUUGAAGUUAGAUACCUGUCUCCUAUUGAAUCAUGUAAAGAGAACUAAGGUAUAUUCACUAUUGCAAUUCUUAUUUUUUAUCAGGUCGAUGAAAGUAGUAGUCUGAGACAUUGAAGACAGUACAAUUUAGUUUGUAUAGUCUUUUUUUAAUUGCAGUGUAGUUCAGUGCUCUUAUGGUAACAGCACCCUGAAGAAAAUAUUACUGAGAAUUUAAUAUAUGGUAAUUGGGGUUGCAUUUGGGAAAAUUGCCACGAUAGUACUGUCAUGUGUAAAUUCCCAGUUGUUUACAUAAAAAUCCAUCAGAGCUGAAUGAUGCUCAAGAUUUUAAAGAUCUGAAAAUUAAGGUGGAAUUUUUCAUGUCUCUGCUUUAUAAUUAUCAGAACUUAUUUUGUAUUUCUGCUACUUUUAAUUGAAAUAAAAUGUUUAUACUUAUGGAAACUGCAUAUUUAACCUAAAGAAAUUAUUAAAGGAUUUAAUCCAGUAUGUUCCA